AUGUCUCGGCAAUCUGUCUGCAGAAGCUUUGGAGGCGGGAGUAGAAGGGGCUACAGCUCUUGCUCUGCCAUCGGUGGUGGCUUUGGAGGAGGUGGCGGCAGAAGCAGGAUCAGUUACAGCUCGUACUCCUCAUCCAGGGGAGGUGGAGGAGGUGGACAUUGUGGAGGUUUUAGCAGCAGGAGCCUCCAUAACAUGGGUGGCAGCAGAAGAAUUACCGUGGGUGGAUGUUAUGGCGGUGGAGGAUACGGAGGAAGAAUGGGUGGCUUUGGUGGAGGCUACGGAGGAGGAAUGGGUGGCUUUGGUGGAGGAAUGAGUUGUGGAGGAAUGGGUGGCUUUGGUGGAGGAAUGGGUGGCUUCGGAAUGGGUGGCUUUGGUGGAGGAAUGGGUGGUGGAGGAAUGGGUGGCUUUGGUGGCCCUGGCUUCCCUGGAGGCAUCCAACCCGUGCAAGUUGACUCAAGCCUCCUGCGGCCGGUCCAUGUUGAGAUUGACCCCCAAAUCCAGCAAGUGAAAAACCAGGAGAAGGAACAGAUCAAGACUCUUAACAAUCAGUUUGCCUCCUUCAUUGACAAGGUGCGCUUCCUGGAGCAACAGAACAAGGUCCUCUCCACCAAGUGGGAGCUCCUCCAACAGCAAGGGCCUUCGGGGCCAAGGAAGAACCUGGAUGUCAUCUUUGAAAAUUACAUCCAGAACCUGAGGAGGAGGCUAGACUCUCUCCUGGGACAGAGGGGACAGCUGGAGUCGGAGCUGCAGAACAUGCGUCAAUACGUUGAGGAGUACAAAACCAAGUACGAAGAGGAAAUCAACAGGCGCACCGCUGCUGAGAACGAGUUUGUGGUGCUCAAGAAGGAUGUGGACUGUGCCUACAUGACUAAAGUAGAGUUGGAAGCCAAGGUGGGAGCUCUGACCGACGAAAUCAACUUCCUGAGGUGCAUCUACGAGGAGGAACUGGCUCAGAUGCAGACAAUCAGCCGGGACCUGUCCGUGGUGGUGUCCAUGGACAACAACCGUCACCUGGAUCUGGAGAGCAUCAUCGAGGAAGUCAGGCGUCAGUACGAGCAGAUUGCUCAGAGCAGCCGGGCUGAAGCUGAGGCUUGGUACCAGAGCCGGUAUGAAGAGCUGCAGAGCACUGCUGGAAGGCAUGGGGACAGCCUCCGCAACACCAAGAUAGAGAUCCAAGAGCUGACCAGGAACGUCCAGAGGCUGCGGGCUGAGAUUGAGAACGUGAAGAAGCAGGUAGGGCAGCUGCAGUCAGCUAUUGCCGAGGCCGAGGAGCGGGGUGAGAUGGCCCUCAAGGAUGCCAGAAGGAAACUGGAAGAGCUGGAGUGCGCCCUGAGCAAAGACAAGGAGGAGCUGGCUCGCUUGCUGAAGGAGUACCAGGAGCUGCUAAACAUCAAGAUUGCCCUGGACGUUGAGAUUGCCAUGUACAGGAAGCUGCUGGAGGGAGAGGAGAACAGGCUGUGCAACGAUGGCAUGUCCAACGUCAAUGUCUCUGUGGUAGGCAGGACCACCAUCUCUGGAGGCUUCGGAGGCGGCAGCGGCAUGGGAGGAGGAAUGGGAGGAGGCGUAUGUGGAGUAGGAGGAAGCUUUGGAGGAGGAAGCAUGGGCGGCAGCUGUGGCAUGGGAGGAGGAAUGUACGGCGGUGGCUUCUCUUCUGGAAGCGGAAGGUUGUGCGGCUCUGGAGGCGGCAACUUCAGCUCCGGUGGGGGAUCGUCCUCCGUACGGAGAUGUGUCACGACCACCUCCGUCAAAUCUUCUGGCGUGAAAUUCUGAGCCCCGAGGCCAGCUUGAACAAGGAAAGAAGCAUCUCCUACCUUCUCCCAGCAGCAGCCCAGCCUCCUUAAACCCAGCUCCGGUGUCCUGCAAUGAAACAAACUGUGACCCUCACGGCCCGCCACGGACCAGCUCGUCUACCUGGCGCGGUCCGUGGCAAUGCCACGUCCCAAGCCCAGUGAUGAAAUCGCCGAUGGGCAAAGAA